CAUCAGCACAUUCGCUGUCAAGUUGUCCUUCCAGAAAGUCGCGUGGUAAUCAAGUUUCCGUUCCUCUUGAUCCGAAUCGGAUUGUAAUCGGACAGAUUUUCCGGCUUCAGUGAAAGUUGUUGGAGAAAUACUCUGCGUGCGAAUCACUUCCACUUGCUUGUGUUCAUAGAUCAUCGUUAAAUUCCUGUUGAAAAUGGCAUCCAAGCGUUUGAUUCCUCUGUUGGACCGUGUGCUGGUUCAGCGCGCUGAAGCCCUGACGAAAACCAAGGGUGGCAUUGUGCUGCCGGAGAAGGCCCAGUCGAAGGUGCUGGAAGGUACGAUCGUUGCCGUCGGACCCGGUGCCCGCAACAGCCAAACCGGCCAGCACGUCCCCCUGGCAGUGACUGUCGGCGAGAAGGUCCUCCUGCCCGAAUACGGCGGCACCAAGGUCGACCUAGGGGACAGCAAGGAAUAUCAUUUGUUCCGCGAGGCGGACAUUCUUGCCAAACUCGAAUAGAAUCGGGAGUGCGGCACCGAUGAUAAUGAGGGUCAUCCCAGGAAGAAGACGAAUUUCAUCCGCGUGCGACAUCCGACGAGGAAGGGAGAACUGGUCGAGGUACGACUUUGAACGUUUUUAAAUUAUGUAGUACUAGGGGACAUAAGGGCGAGGAAGGACUUCUUUUGUUUUCAAAGGGGUUGUACGGUAAUCGUUCCGUAUAUGAUUGAGUGAGUGAGAUUCCCCAUGGCGUUGGCACGAUCACUGUGAAGCAUUUGCAUUUAAAUCGAUUGAGCUUUUGUGUCGUGUCGCGCCAACCAUUAAUCUCCGAUAAGUUUUCGAUCGUGAGGACCAUCAAAGUUUACACAAAGCCCAAACUUUGCUGCUCCUUUCACGAUUGAGCUUUUUCUCCGGGGGUUAACUGCCUGGAGGAGACUUGCGGAUACCUGAGUUUUCUUCUGUCGCGGUGUCGAUUAUUAUAACUUGCUAGGUUACCGAUACACGAUUGAACGGCGAUGGGUUUCCCACGUCUCGGAGAUAGGUUUUCAAAAAGGGAAAAGAUUGCGCGAACGAGAGGAGAUUGAACAUCGACUAAACAUUAUAGGCUAGAGGUACGAUUCUAUUAGUUUAUUUUCUGUUGAAUAAAAGCUAUACCAAACCGAA